CUUCGAACAAACAUUAAGAAUAAGAAAAAUGUGGAAAUAUGAUAUUACCAAGGAUCACAUAAUAAUAUUGAAACGACGAUUUAAACUUUCUGAAAAGUGUGGUAUGUGUUCCAUACUGUUCAGAGCAGACCUCAUUGGCUGACUUCCCGCCAAAACCUAUUACUAUCGCACUAACACUUCUACUACAUCAUUCUUAUUCUCUAGAAGAUUGAGUCUACACGAAGGAAUCCGAAAGAUGAUAGAAGUAAAGGUAGCCCACACUGAAGGUCAUAGUGAUUUUACCUUUUCAAGUGAUGGAAGUCAAAUUCUUUCUUGCGGUCGGGAAGGAGAUGUAAAAAUCUGGGAUGUAAAUGAAGAUAAAGAUCCAAAAACUAUUUCAGUUGGAGAAUGCAUAACAGCCAUUGAUUUCUCGGAGAAUGCUUUUUUCGUUGGUGUAGAAAAUGUGGUAAGGAAAUAUACAUAUCCUGACGCUGUAGAUGACGGAACUGUAGUUAGAUUCACUGGAACUGUAACUUCAGUAAAAGUUAAAAGAGAUUUUUUAUUUUCCGCUUCAAGUGAUUUUACCGCAAAACUUGUGAAAAUCUCAAAUUUCAAGAUUUUAUUGAAUAUUUCUCAACACGAGGCUCCAAUUUUAGCAGUAGACCUGCAAUCAUCUGGUCAAACAUUGGCUACAGCCAGUUUAGAUGGAUAUGUUAAAAUUUGGGAUCAAACUGGAUUAUGCAUGGAAAAACACAAGUGUAUACCAAUUGGGAAUGACUUUCACUAUGCAAAAACCUUGUGUAAGUUAGCCUUUUCACCAAAUGGCGAGCACCUGGCUGUACCAAAUGAGAAAACUGUUGAUAUACUAUUUGAAGAUGAACUAUGGGCUUGUAACUUUUCUUUGAAAACCAAUAUAGAAAAUCAUGAGUUCAUAAAUGUUGUUUGUUUCUCUUCAACUGGAAAAAAUCUGAGUGCAGCAACUGUAGACGGUCAUAUUUUUAUGUGGAAUUUGAAAUCAAAGGAAUUAAUAUUUUCGGAGAGACAUCCUCAUAAGCGAACUAUUACAUCUCUCUCAUGGAAUCCAUCAAAAGAACAACUUAUCUUCACAGAUAAACAGGGUCAACUUUGUUUAACUGAAGAAUUGAAAUUAGACGAAAAUUAUAAAGAGUCCGCCAAAGAAGAGAGUGAAGAAAAUUUAAACGAUUUGUUUGACGAUAGGGAUAGUGAUGUUGAUAUUUCAGCUAUAAAGAAAAAGACAUUAUCAGCAUUUGGAUUUGAAGAUGAGGAGGACUUAGCAACUGGUGGUACUCAAAUAAUUGAUGAUGAAAAUUCUGAAAUGGAAAGCAAGACUAAAAUUAAAGAAAUUAUUAAACAUGUUCCUAUUGACACCUGGAAACCGAAAGAACCCCAGAAAGCUUUUCAGCCAGGCUCUACUCCUCUCCAUCUGCCUCAUCGGUUUAUGAUGUGGAAUAUGGUAGGCGUAAUUCGCCAUUAUCAAACGGAAGAUGAAAAUUCAAUUGACAUAACUUUUCAUGACAAAGCAACACAUCACGCCGUACAUAUUCACAACGAUGCUAAUUAUAUCAUGGGUGAUGUCAGUAAAAAAUGUUUCGUCCUGGGAUCGAUAGGUGAUGAUGACAACCAAAGUUCUGUAAUGUGUGAACACUUUGCCAGCUGGGAUUCAAACAAGAGAUGGAUACUUAACUUGGAAAAUUCAGAAAAAGUAGAAGCCUUGUGUAUUGGUGAGAAGUGGAUUGCCCUUGCAACAGACUUAAACUUUAUUAGACUUAUAAGUAUAAGUGGUGUUCAGCUGCAAGUUUUUUGCAGUCCAGGUAAAAUUGUUUGUAUGUCGGCUUUCCAGGAUCAAUUGAUGAUUGUAUAUCAUAAGGGAAUACCUUAUGACUGCCAGAGUUCCUUAGCAAUAAAAAUUAUGAAAAUAGCGAAGACUUUUAAAUGCGAAUACGUAGAGCAACUAUGCUUGUCUCCAGCGUCUAGCCUUUCAUGGAUAGGAUUUACACAACAAGGAUCUCCAUGUACAGUAGAUAGCCGGGGAAUUGUGCGUAUGCUUGUUAAGUCUUUUGGAAAUAGUUGGGUACCAAUUUCAAAUUUAAAAGAUCAUACUAAGGGUAAAAGUGAUGGGUAUUUUGUGGUCGGUAUCUGCGAAGAAUCGGAACAGAUACGAUGCAUUUUCUGUAAAGGUUCAACUUAUCCGCCAACAUUACCAUGGCCUGUAAUUACUACCCUCUCAAUUCGCCUACCUUUUGCGAAUUCAGAAGAAGAUAAGACAAAACUUGAGGAAAAACUCUGGCGAACUGUUGUACUCAAAGAUUGGUUAGAAGCGUUCGAUGAUGAAGACAAAAAGAGGCAAUUAGAUAUUAGAGAGCAAGAAGUACUCAUCAGAAUGUUUGCGAUGGCUUGCAAACAAGAUCGUGAAUAUAGGGCUAUUGAAAUAGCGAGAAUGACUAAAAAUUCGCAUAAUGCCGCUUUGACCAGUAAAUAUGCCGCUAAACUGGGACUGAUGUCGCUUGCCGAACGCUUGAAUGAUGUUAUUCGAGAGAAAAGUGAGGAAGAGGAGUUAAAUUUCUUGGCCGCAAAAGAACAGCCUGUUGAAGAUAACUCUCAAAGAAAAACUCUUGACGACAGUAGCCAAAGAGAUGACGAUGAGGUAAUGAUUAAGCCUAAGCCUACGUCAACGCCUUUAUUAUUUCGAUCGGAAUCUCCAUCUGUGGAUAGCCUACCUUCAACGCCUCAAAGCCAAAACUGGCAAAACCCUUUCAAAGCAAACGACAGUGGAAACUCGACGCCCAUUUUAAGGAGAGGAAGCAGUGUCUUUGACGAUUUGAAGCCGACUUCAAGAGAGAAGCUAAAAGGAGAUGAACCUCAAAAAGCAGUGAAAAGAAAGAGCACCACUCAGACUACCCUUACACCGUCAAGUUCUAAAAAGAAAAAAGAAAAUAUUCCGACAGCUUUCGGAUUAUGGUUAGAAGAAAAUAAGGAAAGUUUGGAAGAGGAAAACCCAGAUGUUUCCUCUGAAGAUAUGGCGGUACUUGCCGCAAAACGUUUUAAAGCAUUGCCAAAAGAAGAAAGACAAAUUUAUGCAGAGAGAAUUAAACAAAAGACCACGAGUGAAGAUAAUAAAAAGCCUGAAAAGAAAUCUGGCUUCGAUAAAUUAAAUUCCUUCACAUUCAAUAAAAUCUAAACAAACAUUUUUCACAUUGAAAAUAUUCUAUAUUUCAUAGUUUUCCUGUUUUAACAUAAAAAAUCUGGAACUAGUUUAAAUUAUAUCUCAUGUGAUAAUACUAAAUAAUUUUAUCUUUGCAAGAG